CGGAAGUGAAGGGGCGGGCAUAAGGCGGAAGUGGAAGUGGGUGGGAGGCCAGCUGCUAAGCUCAUCUUUUGCGAUCUUAUAGACUGGCGGAAGGCUAGUCUGCGGCGGACAGAAUGGAGACUGAUUACAAUCCCAUGGAGUUUUCCACUAAUCCAGCGUUUGAAGAAGAUUCUGAAUGUAAAGACAUUGAAGGAACAGAUGUGAAGGAUAUGAGACUAGAAGCUGAAGCUGUUGUGAAUGAUGUUUUGUUUGCUGUCAGCAAUAUGUUUGUCUCAAAAAACCUUCACUGUGCAGAGGAUGUGGCAUAUAUCAAUGUGGAGACAAGAGAAAGAAACAGAUAUUGCCUGGAGCUCACAGAAGCAGGACUUAGGGUGGUUGGUUAUGCUUUUGACCAGGCUGAUGAUGGCUUACAAAUGCCAUACCAUGAAACAGUCUACUCUUUAUUGGACUCUCUUAGCCCAGCAUAUCGUGAAGCUUUUGGAAAUGCACUGCUACAGAGACUCGAAGCUUUGAAAAGGGACGGGCAGUCAUGAUUCAGUCUGUAGAAACAAGCACAUGUUGAUGAAUGGUUACUGAUAAUGGGAAUUCUUACUGUUACACUGAGAUUUUGCUUUCAGAUAUAGGCAGAAACCUAGAUUAAGCUUCAUUUCUUGCCUUAACAUCUAGGUUCCUUACAAUAAUACUAACUUGUAAAGUAUCAGUGUUGCUAUGGAUCUGCUUUGUCCCCAAGGCCACUUUAAGCUAUCUUGGUAACUUAUAUAAAUAGUAUCCUUUUAAUUUUAUUUAACUCUGCUGUAGAUCAUCAGUUGAAAAUAACUAUAACACUUGAGGAAUUUGAUCUUUGUAAAGCAAUAUGAGCAAUAUUUUAUUUAAGAAGCAUCUUAAUUGCUACUGUGUAAAUCUUGAAUGCCAUAUAUGAACACAGUAAUACUUAAUGUGUCUAUCUGUAAACUUUAACUCUGCUCCUUAAAAAAAAAAUUACUUGUUUUAGUUACAUUAAUGGGAAUUACUUUAUUCCAUUUAGAGGAUACAUAUUUCAGCUUAAUUCCUUGUGUGCAAACCUGAAAAUUCACUGCAUCACUUAGUUUCAUACGUCAGUUGCAGAUUGCCUCUCUGAUUUAUUGUGCUAUUAGAGUAGUUGAGACUUCCAGCAGGAGAUUCUGCCUUCCCAAGUGGCAGUAGCUAAGCUGAUGGAAGAAUUCUUCCAUCAACCUCCUGUCAUCUACACAGGGAUUUAAGUUGACUUGACUGCAUCACCCAAGGGUGUAGACUUUUCACAGCCCUGACCAACAUAGUUAAAUCAAUCUGAUUUUUAGUUUGACCUGGCCUUAGUGCCAGUAUUUGAGUUAAAAGUAAUGCUUAGUAUUCAAUGUACCCUGGUUUGCCCCAAACAGCUUACUUUGAACAAUAAACAAAAGAUAACUGUUGACAUAUGAAUGUAUCAUCUAAAUUGUAAAUGAGAUAAGCACAGAAGUAAACUAGGAAGAACAGGUGAAAUUUUUUUCUUAAAUGCUCUUGUCUAGAUCAUACUAAUGUUAAACUUUGGGAGGGAGGGGAAGACAUUUGCACCUGUUUUACUAUUUUGAAAGUUUGUUUACAUUAUACAGAAUAUACUCAAGUAUUUUUGCUUCAGCCUUUACUUUUUACAAUACUUUAUUUCUGUAAGGCAGUGGUCACCAACAAGUAGAGUGGGAUCUAUUGGUAGAUCUUGGAACUUCUGACAGGUGAUCCUAACUGGUUUGGCCAUAUGCCAGCGCUUCAGCUGCUCCUCUUCCAAGUGCUGUGCAGCUCUGGCCCUUUGCCUUGGGGCUGUUCCCCCAGGAGCCUCCUGCUUGCUGGGCAGGGGAGGGAGUGGAGGGAGGACGCUGAUGUCAAGGUGCUCCCUUCUACCAUGUAUCCUAAGUCCACAGAGCAGAGAGGGGGCACAAUAAGCAGUGCUCAACUGGAGGCCACAUCCUGAACCCCUACCCAAGUUAUGAACCCCUUCGUGCACCAAAGGCCCUGCCCUAGCCCUGAGCUCCCAUGCAUCCAAACACCCUCCCAGAACCUGCACCGAAAACUCCCUUCCUGCAACCCAACUGCCUGCCCCAAACUCAGCUCAGAACCUCUCACACUCUUAAAUCCCUUAACCCAAGACCAGAACCUGCACCGCAACCCUCUGUUUCAGUCUGGUGAAAGUGAGGGAGGAUGGUGUGACCGGGGCGGGGCCUCCCAAGUGGCACAAGAAGCUUAAAGGAGGUGGGGCAAGGAUGUUUGGGUUUGAGGUAGAUCUUGGAUUGCACUUAAACUCAAAGUGAUCUUGCUCUUAAAAAGGUUGGAGACCAUUGCUAUAAGGCUUCCCUGCUUUGCCCUCAAUUGUACAGUAUCUUGUCCUAAAGAACAGUAAGUAUAUAAUGUUAAUGCAUUGUUUUGGUUUGAGACCAAAGGCUUCAUGAAACAUUCAGAGAUUGAUAUUGAAUUAGACGACAGUUAUAUGUAUUUUCUAUCUUAUAACAAAUACAAAGAUCUUUAUAAACUGAUUGUUACUGUAAGUUUUCAAAUGUAUGGGAGGGACUUUUUAAAAAGUACCUAGUUGGUUUAAAGCACCAGUAAUAUGUCUAUGACUUUAUUAUCACUUUUUUCCAUAUUUUGUACAAUUCAGUAUUUAUUCAUCCUUGAUUAUAUAAUUCUGCCUUUAUUUUCCCAUGUUUCAUACUAGAAACAUAAACUGCAUGUGAAUCCAGAGAGGGGAGGGCUAGAUUGUCAGCUAUUAUAGAUAAACAUGCUCCACUGACUUCAACAGAGCUAGACUGAUUGACACCAGUUAAGGGGCCAGUCAAGCAAGUUGAGAAUUUAUUGUAGUUUUGUGGCGAUUGUUAGGAUUAAGAAGGCACUGACAGUCAAUGCGUCUGUUUUGAAGUAUAAUGUUUUUCUGUUUUUGUGUUAAUCCUCUGCCCUAAAGUUCAAUGUAUAUUUUGGUUAAAAGUACUUUCAUGCUCUAAGAAAAAUGUUCAUUGCUGUUGUGGCAUAUGCUUUAAUCCUCUGUGAGGAAAAUGUGCUUUGCCAAGCUUUUAUCUGAAUAUCUACUCUUAACAGCACACCUGUUUAUUUCAAUGACUAGACUCUUGAAUAAAUGCACAAACUUAUGUAUGA